AUGGCUUCCUUCGCGGUCGUCUUUCGCCUCUUCGCGACGUCUCGCGCCCUGACCGCGAGCUUCUCCGGCUUCUUCUUCGCGGAUACGCGCGCGGGCGACGGCGCGUUUCUCGACGACCGCGUCGGCUUCGCGCGGAGGUCGCGCUUCGACGGCGGCGGCUUCGUCGCCGCGCGUCUCGACGAGGCCGCUUUCGCGGCGGCGUCCACGAAAACGUGCGGGGACGCGACCGGCGACGGCGUCACCGGCGCGCGCGUCAGCGCGCGCGACGUCGGGAUCUCGCCCUCGCCGCGAGGCGCGAACGGCGACGGAAGAUUGGGGUUGAACAUCGCGUCGUGCCGGGGCGAGUUGGACGUGUCGCGGCGCGGCGGGGGAGCGCGCGCGUCGGUGUCGUCCCCGUCGUGGCUUCUCGUCCGCGUGACAACUCUUGGAUACGACGACCGACCUCCACGACUGCCCCAUAACCUUUUUUUCUUAAGGUCACGUUAUCGCCACGCGUUCGCCGACCCGAGACAGAGCCGCGCGCGCGUCAUGUCGACGAUCGCGUGCAUCAGCGCGCGCUGCGCCGGCGCGGUGGGCCCGUCUCGUGCUGCGGCGUCGACGCCCUCUCCGCGCGUCGUCGCGGCGGCGCGCCCGACGCGCCGACGGAGCGUCCCGCGGGCGGGCUCGAAGGGCGAUUCUUUCCUCCUCCGCGACGAAACGACGUCGACGUCGACGCGUCUAAAGGAAGACGCGGAGGAGGAGGGAGGCGAACCCGGGUGGCGGCGAAGAGCGUUCGGCGCGUUCGCCGCGGCGAUCGUCGCGUCGACCGCGCCGUCGCUCGUCGGCGACGCCGCCCCCGCGCUCGCGUCGAUCCCCGCGGACAUCACCCUCGCGAAAGAAAAAGCCGCGCGCGUGGAGAGAGAAGUCGCGAAGGACGUGCGCGUGCUGCAGAGAGAGAUCGCGAUCGACAAGGAGAUCGCGCGCGACGAGGUCAUCAACGAGGCGAUCACGUUCGAGCGGUUCAUCGAGAACGAGCCCCCGGUUCUCGUCGGGUUCCUCGCGCUGUUCGUCGUGAACGGCUUCAUCGGACUGACGUGGGCGCUCUUCUUUCGCGAGACGUCCGCGGGGCCGGGAGGGGAGUUUGGAAAAGGGAUCGUCGCGCUCAGGAAGGAGCUCGUGAAGGGGAUAUUCAAGUUCUUCGGCACGGUCAUGGGGUCGUACGUCGAGCGCGACGGAGGAAAGUCGCGGUGA